UUAAUUAAAGAUGUAUGUUACGAUUAUACGUUUUCGUGUCAAUUAUUCAGCUGUUGAGUAAAAUCUAAUGAUUUUCUUUAGGAAAAGAAAAAAAUGGUUUUUAAUGAACCUUUAAGUACAGACGAGAUUCCACCUCCAUUAGUUCCAGGAAUUUAUCGUCCAAAAAAUCGUGUCCCUGGUAUCAAUUCAUAUACACGUAGGAAAAACAUACGUGCCGUACUCAAAAAUGGUUACCUGAAUAUCGAAAGUAAAUCAAAACAAAGACAACUGUUCUCCAACUACAUCGUAUCACUCGUUGAAGCAAGGUGGAGGUGGACCCUUCUCAAUUUUGUAAGCGCACACACAUGCAUUUGGCUUUUUUUUGGAACUAUCUAUUGGAUUAUUUCGUAUAACCAUGACGACUUCUUACCUCUACACAUUUCUCAAAACGAUUCAAAGACAACACCGUGCAUACGAAAUUUAUAUGGGUUUACUUCGGCUUUCCUCUUCAGCAUCGAAGUUCACACAACAGUCGCAUACGGAAAGCGAGCAAUCACACUUGAAUGUCCCCAGACUGUAACUGCGAUGUGCUUACAAUGCAUUGUGAGCUCAAUAUUCCAGGCAAUAAUGGUCGGCAUACUUUUCGCAAAGUUGACUCGUCCUCGAGCCAGGACGCAGACAAUUCUUUUCAGCAGACAAGCAGUUAUAAAUCUGAGAAAUGACAAAUUCUGUCUAAUAUUCAGAGUCGGCGAUAUGAGGAAGUCUAGAAUAUUGAAUAUAAAGCCUCAAGCCUACGUAAUAAGGUUUCAAACUCAGCACAAACAGAUGACUAUCAGCGAUCAAAUUGAAUUGAAUGUUGAUGUAGAUGAAUGCGAACAAACUUUUUUUCUAUGGCCAAUUACGGUGGUCCAUUGGAUAGAUGAACAGAGUCCGUUUUACAAACUAUCAGCAGCUGACCUGUUGUGUAGUAAAAUAGAAAUACUCGUCGUUUUUGAAGGUAUGAUAGAAUCAACCGGUCAAUCGGUGCAAGCGCGGUCGAGUUUUAUAGAGUGUGAUAUAUUUUGGGGUCAUAGAUUUGCUACGAUGAUUGGCUAUGAUACAGAGAGGAUGAUGUAUGAUGUCGAUUUUUCAAAGCUAUCAGAAAUUCAACAGGUCGACACUCCUUUGUGUUCUGCGAGUGAAUUUAGCACAUUGUUAUCAGUCAUUUCGGACACUUCACGGGAGUUCAAUACAUCGCAAGAAUUUAAUGAACGGACGUGAGUUGUAACAAAGAGGUGGUUUAAUUCUCUGAGUAUUUAAAUAUGUAAUUUCUAAAUUCAAAUAACUACCUCAAUUUUUUAUUGACUUGGCCUUCGAGUGCCCCUUUUAACAGUUUUAUUUGAAAUUGAUACUCACUACUGUGUUUCAUACAAUAAUUAAAAUCAAUUUUUCAAAAAAAAUUAAAACAAGUUCUAAUGAGAAAGAAAUACAAAUUUUCUACCAGUUAAAUGUAUAUAUAAGACUGUAAAAAUGAUAGUUAUAGCUUGGUAAUCAUAGUUUUCUAAUGUUUUUUUUUCAUUCGCUGAUGCUUUUAUCUUUUGCCAUGACAAAAAAAUAUAUUAGUGGCCCUGUUUCGUGAUCAGUUGUCAAUCUAAUAGGCAAUUACUUGAUCAACCUGCAGGGUUUGACACACGCCUUUGACUUUUUGGGUCUAAGACCAAUGACGAAUGUUAAAUGCGCACAUAGACAGUCUAUUGGUGCACAGAAGGGGAUCGAACCUACGACCUUAGGGAUGAGGGACGCAUGCGGAAGCCACUAGCCAAACACUCCUCGCAUUUCAUGAUAUACGAAAUAAACUCUCUCCACAAGUUACGAAAAAGGUUUGCGUUAUCGAAAUUAUUAUAUUAUAUUACGCAGGCUUGACUCAAACGAAUUCAAAGUAAAUUUUGAAAAUAACGUAUUCAAAAUUUUGAAGAAGUUAUAACAAGAUUUAAGAUGAGCUUUAAUAAAUUAGUAAAGUUUUUAUCAGUGUUUCAAAAUUAAUUAGCAAAAGGUUUGAAUCAAAUGGCUGAAUACACAUACUAUCAUGUUAUGUAAACGUAUCAAAUAUCAAAAUAUUGUGAAAUAAAAAGACGUGUUUACUGUUCACUAAGUAGUUUAUGUUAUUGUAAUUAAAUAUUUCGAUGAAAGUUGUAAAAAAUAAAACACCUAUUAAAAUGUUACAUUAUUGAUAGUCCUUUUUUGUUUAGCAU